GGACGAGGAGGAAGCCCGGAGUCUAUACAAGGAUUAUUCGACCAACACCAGACGCUUCUCCUCUUCUAAAUCUCAGAAGCUAACAACUUCGUAUAAUAGCAAAAACUCCUUAAGCGACAAAACAAAGACAGCAGUCUUGACAUGUGUAAUGCAUGUUUUAAUAUAGUAUAUAAUCAAUAUUUAAUGUCAUUGUGCCUUCUUAUGAACAACAUUGAGUAGUAUCUACCCAUAGAAUCUUGCAACAGCGUCAACAAACAUUGCGCCUGCCCGCAGACAGUUCAAGUUUGAGUUUUUUGGCCUGCAGCUACAAAUUGCCAGUAGGCUAAAGAUGUGAACUAAUAAAACAACAAAGGAAAGAAAUUGCUAACUACUUGUUUUAAAGAGCAUUUUGUGCUGGUGCCGUCGUUCAUUUAUGAAAACAGCCAAUGUUUUACAGUAGCCCUAUAUAAAGUGUUUUAAACAGGUACUAUCAUAAGGAAACAUCGAUGAACUGAUUUUACGACUUUUUUCAUUUUCUUAUUUUAAAACAAAUACGUCGGGAUAUGUUUGGUAUAACUCGGGAUAGAUGCUAAAUACAGAAGGUUUUGAGAAAUCGGUACCAGAAUUAAUCAUAGGAGUUGUAAUAUAUGGUGUGCUUUAGUUCUCUCUGGGAAUUCUUCCUUGCACAUUUGGUAUUUUUACUUCAAAAGGAGACAGAAAACUUUAACGCGGACAGAGGCUGUACAGAGCCAAAUCUGGGAUAUAGUAAUACUACAAAAGCGACGAGCAUGGUUAUACAGAAUGGACCUGGUUGGUCAUACCCAUUAACAUUCAAUUUUUGACACAUUAUGCAAGUUGCAAGACAGGAUGCAACGUUUUACCAUUUUCUGUUUUUCGUUGAUUCUUCGUUGAGCCAGAUACGUUCUUGGAGUGGAAUUUCUAUGUGCAGCAGCAGGAGCAGGAAGGACGCACUCUACUUGAGUUCACGCGCAAGGUAGCCUAUGCAUCUUAUGGAAGCUGCGUCUUUGGGUUCCCGAUCUGAAGAAAGCGCGUGCAAUUUCUGCCCUUCCCUUGCAAGAAUGCUUUUCCACGGCCUCCCUGGAGGCGAAGUGCGGGUAUUCAUUGACGGAAUGGACUGGAGAGGAAAGAGUGAAUCAACUGCAAUCAGUUCUACUAUAAACAUGGGGGAAAACGACACGAACGCCUCCACUUACAGCGGUGACGGCGCCUUUCUGUGCGCGGGCUGUGAAGGAAAGAUCUCAGACCGUUACUACCUGCUCGCGGUGGACAAACAGUGGCACAUGCGCUGUCUGAAGUGCUGUGAAUGCAAGCUUAGCCUGGCGUCCGAGCUCAGCUGCUUCAGUAAGGACAGCAACAUUUUUUGCAAAGAAGACUAUUAUAGGCGUUUCUCUGUUCAGCGGUGCGCCAGGUGCCACCUUGGCAUUUCGGCGUCGGAGAUGGUGAUGCGCGCGAGGGAUUUGGUGUAUCACUUGAACUGCUUCAUCUGCACGACCUGCAACAAAAUGCUGACCACGGGAGAUCAUUUCGGGAUGAAGGACGGUUUCGUCUACUGUCGGCUUCAUUUUCAGACGCUCAUAGAGGAGGGAUACCACUCGUAUUUCAAUCAUGAGGAUGUAGCGCCAUGCAACGGAGGGGCAUUCGGGUCGCUAGGACUGAGCUACUACAACGGCGGGAGUACCAUACAAAAGGCGAGGCCGAGGAAAAGAAAAAACACCGGAACAGGAUCAGACCCGGCAGCUUACAACGCAGCACUCCCCUGCAGCGAGACUGACGGAGACGUGGCAGACAGAGACUCCUCACUCUGCAGCUCCUCCCACAAGUCCAAGCGCAUGAGGACCUCCUUCAAGCACCACCAGCUGCGCACCAUGAAGUCCUACUUUGCCAUCAACCACAACCCCGACGCGAAGGACCUGAAACAGCUGUCCCAGAAAACAGGCCUGACUAAACGAGUGCUGCAAGUUUGGUUUCAGAAUGCCCGGGCCAAAUUUCGGCGGAACCUCCUGCGCCAGGAGAGCACGGGGACCGACAAGGCGUCGGACGGCUCCACGCUGCCGGGGGGGUCACCCUCCGGCCCCGCUUCUGAGACCUCCAACGCCUCCAUGAGCCCCUGCAGCACCCCCCCAGCCGCCCUCAUGGACCUGUCCACCCCACCUCUGUCCAGGCUCACCCCCACGCCGGGGGGGCCGCACCGGAGUGAUUCCAGGAGCCCCUCGCACCCCAGCCUGACCUGCCUCUUCUGACCAGCCGUCCCCAUUUCACAUGGACUUAAUAUCACACUUUGGCAAUUUCAUAUUUAAAGAGACCCAGAGACAGGAAAAGAGAUAUUAGAAUAUGAGACAAGAUUCCACUCCCUUCAUUGUUAUUCCUUUAACUUCAAAUAUCAGACUGCUUUUAAAACUUUGCAUGAGGGGCAAAAAGCCACUCAGAGAUAUGUUUUUUUUUUGCAUUUUAUUAGUCCGCAUGGCUUUAAAAAAAGUGAUUGCCCACAGAUAAUCAUUCCAGCCCUUACCUUCAACAGAGGCUACCUCAACCGCCCAAAUACCUGAAUCACUGGCACUAGUGCUGUGGUAGUAUCAAACCUUCUGUCCCUGACAGAGAAGCGGCAUUCUUUAUGUCCCGGCUGCAUUAAGAAAUGAACACAGAUCAGUAGAAUUUUGAAGCUAAAUAAAUGAGCUACAUUUGA